CGGGCUGCUUUUUGGAUCCUGUCGUUCUCCCUCAUCUCCGACCGAUCUCCCUCCCUACCCCCUCUCUCCCUUUGUCUUCGACAUCUACUCGGAUUCUGUCUCCUAAUCUGAGUCUUCUCCUUCUAUUCAACACCAGCCAUCAUGUCUGCCUCCAAGGCGGAGUCUCAAAAGAUCUUUGAGAAACUCAAGCUGAAACCCGCAAACAAGAUCUGCUUCGAUUGUGGCUCCAAGAACCCAACAUGGUCCUCCGUGCCUUUUGGUAUCUACCUGUGUCUUGACUGCUCGGCCCAUCAUCGUAACCUGGGCGUCCACAUCUCCUUUGUUCGCUCCACGAACCUCGACCAAUGGCAAUGGGAGCAGCUCCGGAUGAUGAAAGUCGGUGGGAACGAGUCUGCCACUAAGUACUUCCAAUCGCAUGGAGGGUCUGCCGCUCUGGCCAGCAAGGACACCAAGGUCAAGUACACAUGCAAUGCCGCCGUCAAGUAUAAGGAGGAGCUGAAGAGACGGGCCGCUCAGGAUGCGCAACAGUAUCCUGAAGAAGUGGUGAUCACCGACAUCCCCGUCGGCACCUCGUCCAACGGCUCCAGCACCCCGGCCGGUGACGCUGAUGACGAUUUCUUCUCCUCGUGGGACAAGCCGUCCAUCAAGCGGCCAAGCAACCCUCCUUCCCGCACGGGUACCCCUCCCGUCGUGAGUCGCACCGCAUCGCCCUUCCUGAACUCGGGUGCCAACGGCUCGCGCUCCAAAUCCCCGCUUUCCGCCUCCGAUAAGGACAGCCCUGCUGCCUCUCCCGCGCCGGCCGCUAUCCGGGCCAGUGCUGCUGUUCGCAAGACCUCCUCGACCGCAGCUGCGAAGAAGGGCAGUGUGUUGGGCGCCAAGAAGGCCCCCAAGCUUGGGGCUAAGAAGAUUGUUAGCGGUGCGGACAUGAUCGAUUUCGACGAGGCGGAGAGAAAGGCCAAGGAAGAGGCUGAGCGCAUCGAGAAACUGGGUUACGAUCCCGAAGCCGAACGGGCUGAGGCUGAGUCCAAGGCUAAGGGCACCACCGCCGCCGCGCCGAUAGCCUCCCCUACCCCCAUCAACCCUUCGCGGGCAACUCAGGAACGGAGCUCUGGUGAUGUGGAGCGCCUUGGAAUGGGCAUCGGGAGACUGGGAUUUGGACAGACUGUUGGCGCACCGAAGCCUCCUGCUCCGAAGAAGUUGGGCUUUGGCGCUGUUGCUACCAGAUCUGCUGCAGAUGGUUCGUUCUCCUGUCGAUUUGUAGAUGUAGUAUCGGUUGCUAAUAGUCUCACAGACGAGGAACUGAAACAGGCCAAGUCCAGAUUUGGCACUCAGAAGGGCAUCUCGUCGGAUGAGUUCUUUGGACGGGAUCGCUUCGAUCCUAACGCCCAAGCCGAGGCCAAAGAGCGUCUUCGUCAAUUCGAUGGAGCCACUGCUAUCUCCAGCAACACCUACUUCGGCCGCCCUGAGGACGAUCUUCCCGCCGAGAGUGACACCUAUGGAGACAUCGAGAACGCGGCGAAGGACUUUGUGCGUCGGUUCGGUAUCACAGCCGGUGAUGAUCUCGAGAACCUGACGCAGCUGGUUGGAGAUGGUGCCGUCAAGCUACAGGGUGCUAUACGCAGCUAUCUUAACAGCUAAACGAGUCCCUUUUUUUGUCGUACCUAACGCCUUCAAUUCCCCGCUUCUCGCACCCAUCUUGAUCUUUUUGUGUUAGCCAAUUCUAUCUUCGAUCUCCUUCCACAUGUGGCGUUUACAUCCUCAUGAACUUUCUAUUCCCCAGAUUCGUACCAUUCCUAGACAGACAACUAACCCGGUCGACUUCCAUCCGGACGUGCAGUGCUUCGCAGGCUGCUAGACCCCGUCAUCACUUGAUGCGGUGUAGACCAGACCGGCCUUUGCUCGUCACUCGUUGCUCUUUUUUCUUUUCCCUUCUUCAAAAUUACCGUCAACAAUUGUUUUGCUACCAGCUUCGAAACGCUCCUUGGGAUUCUUGUAUAUUCGUUGCAUAUAAGUAGUGUCACUUGCCAGUAUUAGGAAACCGCAUCAAUGUAAACGCCUAGCAUUGGGUUCUUUCGAUUCAUGGGAUGCAACCGCACUAAGGAC